UUGACAGUUUAAAAACUACAUCUUCACAGUAAUCAUCAGUAGAAAAACAAUGAUAUCGAAAUAUAGUAUUGCGAACUAUCUGCGAUCGUCAAAUAACAUACACAAUUAUACGCAUUAAAAUUGUAUACAUAACGUCAUAUAUUAUUGAUAUUAUUAUAACGUUAUAGAUUUAAAAUCAAGAUGUAUAAUAUAAUGUGCAAACUUAUAAUUUUAAUAGUGAUUUGGGUCCUAGCCGGUUUAUGCAUACAACCAUCGUCAAGUGCAAGGAUAUUGGCCGUGGAGACAGUUGGAGGUAAAAGUCACUGGAAUUUUAUGAAUGGUAUACUACAGGCGUUGGUAAACAACAGACACAACGUCACUGUCUUCACACCGUUUACCAACGGCAACCGUGAAAACUAUACCGAAGUAGAUACAACUUUAGGAGGGGCUAUGCAAUUUAUGGACAUGGAUUUAAAACAAAUGAUGAUUAAUAUGGUUACAAAGAUAGGUGAUUUCGUGGCGAUGAGUAGAAUGCAAUGUGAUCAAGUGUAUAAAAAUAGUAAAAUGAAAGAAAUAUUGAGUAGCGAGCGCACAGAUUUUGACCUGCUCAUUAUUGAAUUCUUUGCGUCAGAUUGCGUGUCAUACAUUGCAUCUAAGCUCAACUUGCCUUUAAUUUACGUCACGCCAUUGCCGGCCAACGCACUUAUGGAUCGCACAAUCACUGGUCACGUCUCAAACCCAUCAACAGUUACAGAAAUGUUUUCUUUUCAUUCUGUUUCUAAAACUUUUAUCCAGAGAUUAACACAUAUUUUUUUACUAAUUCGUUUCAAAAUUAUAAAAGAGUACAAAGAACUAAUUCUGAAAUACACCGACCCUAAACAAUAUGACUUAAUCGAACCUAUCUCACCUUCUUUGAUAUUCGUAAAUAGACAUUUCAUAACUGACGCGUCAAGUCCUAUACCGACAAACGUUAUUAACGUGGGUGGAAUUCAUUUGAAGACACCUCAGAAUUUACCGGAAGAUAUUUUAGAAUUUAUUGAACAGUCACCACGUGGAGUUAUUUAUUUUACUUUAGGUUCAACCAUAAGAAUGUCUUCGAUACCGAAACAUAUAAAAAAAGUGUUAAUGGAAGCAUUCGCAGAAAUUCCUCAAAGAGUGUUGUGGAAAUAUGAAAGUAAACUAGAAAAAAAUCCGGAAAACACGAUGAUUAAAAAAUGGCUACCACAGCGCGAUAUACUUUUGCAUCCAAAUGUGAAACUUUUCAUCAGUCACGGAGGUAUAUCUGGGGUAUACGAAACCGUGGACGCUGGAGUCCCAGUUCUUGGACUUCCCUUGUUCGGUGAUCAACAUAGAAAUGUAGAUAAUUUAGUCAAUGUAGGAAUGGCUAUUUCUAUGGACCUCAUGUCUAUAACAAGGGAUAAUUUCUUAGCAAAUAUUUUAGAACUCCUCAAUAAUGAAAAAUACACAAAUAAUGCUGAAACCGCCUCAAAAAUAUUCAAAGAUCGACCGAUGUCGCAAGCAGAAUCUGUUGUUUACUGGACUGAAUAUGUUCUCCGACACAAAGGUGCACAACAUAUGAAAUCGCAUGCAUUUAAUCUAAGAUGGUAUCAAUAUUAUUUAUUAGAUGUCUUAACUUUAGUAUUCGUUUUUAUUUCCGUUGUAAUUUUUGUCAGCACAAAAAUAAUUAAAUUGAUUCAUAUAAUUUAUAGUUUAAUUUUUUCUUAACAUUUUAAAUCAAAUCAUAAAUAAUGAUACAAAUAAAAAUAUAUAUUUUUGCGAGUUUAUUAAA